CACGAGAGAAGCGGUCGAUCGCCGCCGCAUCGGCCCCGGACCGCAGCGCAGCGCAGAGCAGACAGACCAGGGCCCGACAGGCAUGCUGCGCUUCUAGACCGGCGCCUUCCUUUCUCUCGUCCCCCCCGUGCCCAAUCGAAGAGAGAAGAGGGAAGCCCCGACCGACCGUGGAUGGCCGACAUCGCCAUGACUGGAGAAGCCGGCGCCAACCGCACGUUCCGCUCCAUCUUCGGCGACCGGGAGCAGCGGCACGACGAGGUGCUCAAGCUGGAGCUGGAGCAGAGCGACGGCAGCGCGUCGGGCGCCGGCGACGUGGGCGCCCCGGGAGCUGUGGUGCUGGCCAUGGACGACGACGACGAAGCCAUGUGGAGCGACGAGCCGCCGCUAGACGGAGACGCUGCGGACAACAACGACCUACCGGGGCUCCACUUUGCACAACGCAAGUCCAUGGAGGAGUGGGCAGACGACGACGACGAAGAGGAGAACUGGAAAGACGCACUGCAGGACCGCGUCAACCAACUGGAGCUCGCCUUUCAGCACAAUAAUGACGCUGCGGCGGCGGAGUCCAGGCGGAGAUUCGAGGAGCAGCAGCAGCAGCACUUGCAGCAGACCCCAACACAGCGUGUCGACUUCAGCCAGUCUCUGCCAGCGUCGACUCGGUUCACUGCGUCAGGUGGGAGCUCGGAGCGACCUCGACAAGGUACUCGUCACAAGAUGCAACGCACAUCUUCGUCACAUGCGUGCAUCACUGGCGACAAUGGGUCGUCAAGCCGUCCAAACCAUCUCUGGAACUUUCAGCGUAAAGUAGCGGGAGCGCCAGCGCCGUCACCGAUCCAGAUUGCCCAAGAUUCACGCAGGCGGUCAACCUCCAUAGAUUUCGUGGCCCGCAACAUUCAAUCGGUCGAGCACCAUCGCAAGCGCUCGGGUUCUAUGAGCGGCAUUUCCAGCAGGACAGACUCGCCCCGACAUUCGCUCUCUCGGAAGGACUCGCAGGAGAGCAAACGGAGCAGCCUCAGCCGAAGUAAUAGUAGUAGUAGUUUCCGCGGGAACAAGGCAGCUGCGCCAGCCGGGGGCACAUCAUCAGGCGCGGCGGUAUUUAUCCUGAGCGACACAGAAGCCAUUCGCCGAUUCGUGCUCGACGAUGUCAAAACCAUGUCCAUGGAGCGACUCGUAGGCGAUGCCCAGCGCUUGCAUUUCUUAGAGGAUUUCUACCAGAAUCACCACCCCGCGCCCGCCGAUACGAUCGUGGCUCCACCGUCGCCUUCCUCCUCUUCACCCAUGUCGACGUCCUGACCGCACUCCGCUCUAUUAUAUUCCUUUGCUUACUUUGCUGAUCGGAUGCGAUAUUUUGCUGCAUGCUUAUUUAACAGCUAGUAUUUCGCUGCAC